AUGCAUCCAAUCACAGCAGCUGAUAUACUCAAGACAUCUCGCUUUCGGUCUCCAAAACCAUCCGAAGAUACUGGCCGGAGUAACCAUGGCGUUCAAAAGCACCAAAGGUCCGCAUCUGCGGGGGCAGGGAGAGCGUGGACUGAGGAGGAGGAAGUGUACCUUGUCCGAUCCCGCAUGCACAAAAUGCCAUAUAAACACAUUGCUUUGCACCUCCGGAAAACAGAGUUAGCGUGCCGACUUCAUUAUCACCAAAUGCUCUACGGGAGCAACCGUCGGCGACGCAGCGAAUCUAUAUCAUCUAUCGUGAGCUCAUGCACAACCACGUAUGCACCCGAGGAACAGCCGCAGGACAAGGAACCACUCGUUCCGUCACCACCAAGAACUCCACCAACAGAAUCUUGCUCUGGUCCUUCCUCGGCGGCCGCUUCACCUCAAUGCUCACGAUUGCACGUCCCGAUUCUCCCCAAGCCAGUCACCCAAAUGAACUCUACCCAUACGGCCAACUACCCAUACGACAAAAAACUUCGUCUGGACACGUCCUUCGCAGACAACAGCCAAUACAACCAGCUCCAGGUCGACCUCGGACGCCUCCGAAGCCUAUACGACGCAUACCGCCACUCAUUCUGGUCCCUCAUCGCAUCUGAAUACUCCAAAGAUCCAGAGCUCUCCGGUCCAAGGCUCGAAGAGGCUUUCUUUCACUCCGCCCUUGCCCCCAGUCCAGACCGCCUUCUACCCAUGCCUACUCCACGGUGCAGCCCCAAAAGUAUGACCCCGACUAUCCACGAAGAGCUCCCUGAGGCAGCACAGCUUCCCCCAGCGAAUCCGGCUGGCUUUCGCGCCAUUAAUGAGUCCGGCCAGAAGAGAAGGUCUUCCAGCACUUCUUCAAAUGCAAGUCAGCGCAUCGAGAAGUGUGCUGUUGCUUCGUUGUUAACGGUUGAAAAAGAAGUCUGGGCGCCAAAGGAAAUUGUUUCCAGAUAA